AUGGAGACGACGCCUUUGUUGGUGAAGAAGAACGAUGACAACAACACCAUCAAGGGGAAAAUCUUCUCCCGAAGCGCGAAAUACAUCUUGCUUUCGUGUGUUUUCGUGUUGUUGGCGACGUUUGCGGUGACGACGACGACUUCUUCUUCUUCUCCUUCUUCUUCUUCUUCGGAAAGGAUGACGGUGAGGAUGAGAGGGUACGCUUCUCGCGCUGCUGCGCCUUUGUUCUUGCGAGGAAGAUCGACGACAACGUCGAGUUUGGACGCGGCAAAGUUGGGCGAAGAAUCGGCGACUCCGAGUGUGAUUUCGCUCUCUGCGGCGUGUUCGCCGGUGGACAAGUUGUCGUUUGAUCCGGGAAACUGGGAGAACGUCGGCGCGAAACUCAUUUCAAAGACAAUGUCGUCAGACUUCGCGUUUGAAAAUGGGAUCGAAAUGAACGCGGUAAAGGGGAAGUGCGGGGAGUAUGAAGUUUCGGCGGCAGAUUUAACCGUUGGCGAGGAGUUUGGCUUCUUUUUGUACUCGAAAACGAGCGGGAACGGAGAGCCGAUUAAAGAUAUUGGAUGCGAAUCUUCCUUGGAUGGGAGCACUUAUUGUCCAGCACACUCUGCACCGGAAGAACCGACCAUCGGUGGACCGUUUUCGAUGGCUUCGUGCACGAAGAAGAUUACUUACGGUGAUCUAUCAUUUUACAAUCGAGUCUACGACGGAUCUGCGUUAAGUUUCACGUGGGGUUCGUGUUCGAAUACGUGCGGCUUGUCCGAACCAGAAGCGUGUUCAUUCUCCUCUACAACUGAGAAGGAGGAAGUGCAAGUGACUUUUGAUUUGAGUUUCUCUGGUCCGGGUUUGAGCGCGAGCGAUUUUGGUCCGGCUGAACUCGAGAGUGUGGCGUCCUCUACCGCGGAAGUGGUUGGCGUCGACGCGAGCAUGGUUGAAGUUGAAGUCGUCGAAUCUACUGCAAAUACUGGAGCAGAACUUGGCAGCGAGGAGGGAGUCACGACUGUGAAUCUUCAGGCCACUAUAAACUGCAUCGAUUCGGACGUGUCAGCUUCAGUAACUUCAAAAUUGAACUCGUUAACCGAAGAAGAUGAGUUGAAAAUUGCGACGGAAGCGAAGAUUGAAGGAGCAACGAGCGCCACUGGACAUCUCGAAGAAACGAAAAUUUUGGAGUGGGAGAAAGAAGAAACUCCUUCUGCUCCACCAGCUUACGAUGGGCCACUUUUGGAUUGCGAUGCAACUGUCGACGAUGAAGGCUACUACUUGGUAUUCAAGCACGACUCGAGCAAGGGUAACUACUGGUCCAAGGCAAAUAACAACGCUGAAUCGAAACGCGUUGGUUCCAAUCCGGAGACGGAUUACAAAUACUCUCGAUUGGAAGAGGUCGAAAAGUUUGGUCGCACUGAUGAGGGCUCCUUCCAGUUCAAGCUCGAGUAUCCGACUUUGUCACAAACGAACAUCUGGACGCAGACUUCUAAUCCAGUGACUGCGGGUAAACGUGGUGUUGAUGACUUCAAAGCUAUUUCGAUUCAAGCGAACGGCCACGGCACGAGUACUCACAGCUUCAAAGGUUUGGAAUACAACAGCGGGAGUUCGAACUUUAUCGACGGCACCGUCGACCACGGCAACUGGUUCUUCUCGAUUGGAGCGUAUAACGCAUGGGGCGGCACGAACAAGUUCCCCGGACCUUCGUCAGGUGUGAACAUGGUGAAGCUCUGGGUGAAAACUUCCGCCAAGAAGCCUGACUCGUGCCCGAGUCCGCCGCCUGCGCCGCCGCCAAGUCCGCCACCGGUUUUGGAUUGCGAUGCAACUGUCGACGAUGAAGGCUACUACUUGGUAUUCAAGCACGACUCGAGCAAGGGUAACUACUGGUCCAAGGCAAAUAACAACGCUGAAUCGAAACGCGUUGGUUCCAAUCCGGAGACGGAUUACAAAUACUCUCGAUUGGAAGAGGUCGAAAAGUUUGGUCGCACUGAUGAGGGCUCCUUCCAGUUCAAGCUCGAGUAUCCGACUUUGUCACAAACGAACAUCUGGACGCAGACUUCUAAUCCAGUGACUGCGGGUAAACGUGGUGUUGAUGACUUCAAAGCUAUUUCGAUUCAAGCGAACGGCCACGGCACGAGUACUCACAGCUUCAAAGGUUUGGAAUACAACAGCGGGAGUUCGAACUUUAUCGACGGCACCGUCGACCACGGCAACUGGUUCUUCUCGAUUGGAGCGUAUAACGCAUGGGGCGGCACGAACAAGUUCCCCGGACCUUCGUCAGGUGUGAACAUGGUGAAGCUCUGGGUGAAAACUUCCGCCAAGAAGCCUGACUCGUGCGCGUUAAAAUAA